AGUUAAUUAACGACUAGAGCAGACUGUUUGGGAGUUCUUCAACAGAUUCCUAUCUUGGCUCUGCGCAGUCGAGCCCAGAGAGAGAGAGAGAGCGCGCGAGCUAGCCCCAAAUAGCUGAGACUCAAAAGCAAAAAUGGCGGACCCACCACCACCACCAUUACCGCCAAAGGAAUUGCCAAUCAAUCGCUACAAGUUCAUUUGGCGAGUCCUCUUGAUCUCCAAUCUUGCUCUCGGAGGAAGGAUUAGUCCCCUCCCUACCCUGAUAAUGAGAGGCUACUGCCAUCUGGACAAACCCACUUCCCAUUCCUCUUUACCUUGAUGACAUGAAGCUGGUUGGUUAAUUAUCAGAUGGUGUGCCUAUUUUGCCACUUCACCAUUGAAGAAUUGGGGUUAAACUCUUGAUCUCUAAGCUUACAUGUUUAUUGGGGCUCGGAAGAGAGAUAUUGGCAUAGUAAAUAGGAAAUCUGCAGAAACAGGCGCUAAAAAUCACAAAGCUGUAGUUGAAGUGCCCUCUCCUCCUGCAACAACUACUACAAGUACAACUUCUGAGACGUGGGAUAUGUGAAGGUGCAGCAGCCUGCCUAUCCCAGGAGACCGGCAACAAUAACAUUUCAAGUAGACGUUAGAAGGGAAAACGAACUCAAAGUCAAGGAUCCUGAAGAGAAUAAUUGAAAUGAUGAAGAAAAGACAAUCUUAAAGUUUUAUCCGUGAAAAAUCCGCACCAAGCUUUUAAUUGGUGCUUCUCUUUACUGACAGAAGCUUAUACAGAGAAAUUUUGUUUCAAAGUAUAGACCAUAGCACUUAGAUCUUGUUAUGUUGGGAGAUGGAUAGUUAACGGCUUGAGUAACAUGUUUGCAGCAGAUUACGUGCCAAUUUUUGCACGAUAUAAGGACCCCUUGUCCAUGAGAAUUAUCUGUAUCUUCUUACUUUGGGAAUUUGUUGCAAAAUAUUAGAUUAUCUAUUUCUUCCCAAAUACUUAGUGUGGAAUUAUUGGGGAAAAAUUCAUUAAGAUUACUACUAAUGAAGAUCAUUAAACCUCCUUUGGGAGCCCGACCGGUUGUAAGGCACCCAAGGACAAAAAUUAAGCAAACAGCAAGAGUGAGAGAGAAUGAAAUAAAUAAAGAUUUUGUCAUUUUGCCUUUUGAGCGCUUUGAGUUUGAGACUUUGAUGUGGUUAACAAUUAAUAAAGGGCUCCACCAUUGUUGUGUCCUCCAACUCCCUCCUCUAACGAUAUCCACACUUCCAUCCAAUCCCAUCUGCCCUCUUCGAGGCUUGAACCAUUCAUCCAAAUUUCAAAGCUAAUUGAAAAAAAAAGAAAAAAAAAAGAGGAGAAUUUUGCAUACUGGCCCUGGUCUUGCACAGUUAACCUCCCAUUACGAAUCUUUAUCUCUACAAUGCCAGGAACCAUCCUAGUUUCAGUUCUUGAAUUCAUGGACCUUCCAUCUUCAUCAUCUUCUUCCUCAAUAUCCAUAAAGGUUUCAAUGGGGAAAAGAGAGUGCCAAACUUGGGACAAGGGAGACUUCACCUUCCCAUUGACGACCCUUCGUGACAAUUUGGUUGUUCUUCUUCAAGAUGCCGAGGGAAAUGAGAUAUUAGACGCAGGUGUUGAGACCAAGUCCAUAGUCGAGAAGGGUCUUUGGGACGCCUUCUUUUCCCUCAAAGGAGGUGGGUUGGUGCAUAUGAAGUUACAGUUUGUACUCAACGAAGAAGAGCGCAUCCGAAUCCGUUUGAUGAGAGAAUCUGCACUAAAAAGGAAACUUGGGGAGUUUAUCUAUAGCAACCCCAGUAGUGUGCAAAUUACUCCUGGUGCUGGGACAAAUCUUGCAUCAUCUUUGUGCCUUCCCAAUGAGAUCUCAGAUAGAAAUGAGGAGACUUCAUCAGGCAUUACUCUGCAUCAGAGGGUUGACCUCCCUCUGACUGAAUCAUGUCAAGGGAAAUUAGUUGAGGAGACUGAGGCACAGCCACUUCCUGCUAAUGUUCCAGCCAAGGCCAAAUAUGCUAGUGAAUCUUCAAAACUAUUAAGAAGCCCACAGUCCAUGGUUCGAGUAAUAAGUCUUCCUAAUCUUCAGGAAGAUAAGCCUCAUAACCUUGAGAAGCAGGGUCCAAUCCAGAAAACUCCUAGCAAUGUAAAGAAAAUGAUAAGCACCUUCGAAAGUGGUUCAGCUGAGGAUAUGAGGCCUUGCAUCAAACCGCCACCAAAAGAAGUUCAAUCGAACAGUAUUAAAGCAGGAGCUCCCCUGAAAUUCCAUAAUUUAAAAGAAGACAAGAAAGUGGAUACAGAAACUGCAAAGUCAAUAUUAGAAGGGGUUUUGAAGUCCUUUUCUUCAGGGGACUUGCUACUUGACCCAACAUCUGGUGAUAAAAGUGGUGAGCAAAUUAAUUUACUUGGAGCUUCAGAUGGGACUAAAUCAUCACAUCCCACUGGGAUAAAAAAUAAAGUCAAACAAUUGCAUGUACAUCAAGAAGUUGGCAUAAAGAAAAACAACUUCCACGAAGAUUUCAUUACAACAUCAACAUUUGAAACAGUUCAAGUUUCAGAGAAGAUUCUUAGCAAGCAUAGGCACCAACCAAGUAAUACGCGCCAUGGAAGGCGAAAUUCUGGUAGUAAUCCAGUUAUAGAGGAGAGUCGACUAGAAAUUUCUUCCACAAAUAUUUCUCAAAUCAUCGACAUUCAAGAAGCUUCAACUAGUGCCGAUGUGUGUACAUCAGUAGUAAACUGUGAAGAUAGGCACAUUCCCUAUGAGAGCUCUGGUGCCUGGAUAUUCCCAGAUGAAGCAAUACGUUUCUGCAUAACAACUAGUGGUAAAAAGUUCAUGGAUUUACUAGGAGGUUGCAGAGAGAAGCCAAACAUCCAGCAAGGAAGGAUGAAUGUAUCUCUACCAGAAAAUUCAGAAGAGCAGAAUGUGAAGAAUCACAGACCAAGAAAAUCAAAGGUUGAUCAUCCAGAGGAAGCUGAAACUUCCGGAGGGAAAGUUGGACAGGCAAUAAAAGUUGCAAUCAUGAUUGGCUUCGGCACACUAGUUCUCCUUACAAGACAAAGAAAAAACAGGUAAUUGCAGAUGAAAAUAAAAAAAGAUCAGCAGAUGAAGUUUCUCCAAGGGGUGGGGGUGUAUAUGCUGACUUGAAUGGCCAUUUUACGUAAUUGCAGAUGAAAUUAACCGGCAGAUGCACUUUGGUUAUCAUCCCAAGGGGUGGGGUGAGAAGAUUUUUGAACCACCAUUUGUUUUUUUGUUUUUUUUUUAUACGAAAAGUUUAGGGUAAUUGUACCGACACUUGCGGUUGUGUCCCCGAUUUUGCCUCUCCUCCAACUCUUCAUUUAAUAACCUCUUUCCAUGCGAUUUAAAUA